AUGCCUUCGGAUGAUGGCGCUGUAAGUUCCAACGCGGCUCUAGCUGACGAGCUCGAAGCCCUCAACUCGAUCUACGAACCGGACACGCUCGUGCUUGAACACGACACCCCCAGCGAAACCGCCGCAGUCCUCCGCCUGCCCGACCUACCAUUCUCCUUCCUCGUCACCUUCCCCCGCGAGUAUCCCGAUGUACCUCCUGCGAUCGUCGGAACGCAGUCGACCGGAGGCAGUGGACGAGGCGAGGGAGAAGCGGCAGUGAAUAUCUUACGGGACGUGCUCGCCCGAGUGUGGGCGCCCGGUCAAGUGUGUCUGUUCGACCUGGUGGAAGAAGCCGGUCCUCUGGUGCAGCAACAGCACAGGGACCAUCAGCAACAGCAUCAGCGUCAGCAUCACUAUGGCCCGGCUCAAGAUUACAGCCAAGAUGUUACGAACAGGUCCGCCUCCUCGCCCAGCCAGCGUCAUGAUGGAUCUAAUCUUCAUGACCUAUCUGAGUCCCUGUCCGACUUUACUCUGGAUUCUGAUUCCCCUGCUGCAACAGCGUCUUCCCACGUGCCUCCGCCGGCUUGGAUCCUGUCCGAGCCCCUGACGGUCAACAAGUCGACGUUUGUCGCGCGCGCGUGUCCGGUCUCGUCGCUGGCUGAGGCGAUGGACUCGAUUUCGCAUCUGAUGGCUACGAAUAAAAAGGUCGCCACUGCUACACAUAAUAUCACGGCGUGGAGGAUUCAGGUAACCAGUUCAAAGGGAAAUACGACGGCGACGACCACGACGACUACGAUCCAGGAUUGUGAUGAUGAUGGCGAGUCGGCCGCCGGUGGGAGGCUGUUGCAUCUGAUGCAGUUGAUGGAUGUGUGGAAUGUGCUGGUCGUUGUGACGCGGUGGUAUGGCGGUGUCAAGCUGGGCCCGGAUCGCUUCCGGUGUAUCAAUUCGGUCGCGAGGGAGGUUUUGGUCAAGGGAGGCUUUGCGAAGGAGGAGGCUGAGAAGACCAAGGGGAAGGGGAAAGGUAAGAAGUGA